AUGACUGGUACUCAAGCUGAUUCCGCUUCUAGUUCAACUACAUCUCGAUUGGAUAUUACUCGUCCCUUUUACCUGCAUCCAUCAGAAACUGCAGGAUCAUCCCUGUUACCUGGAGUUUUCGAUGGUACUGGUUAUAGAUCUUGGCGAAGAGCAGUUCUCAGAGCAUUGUCACUUAAAAGCAAAACAAGUUUUAUCAAUGGAGCAAUUGUGAAACUUGUUUCUACUGAUCCUAAUUUCAUGCAAUGGGAAAGAUGUGACGAUAUGGUCACAUCUUGGAUCUUAAAUUCCUUGUCUCCAGAAUUGCGUGAUAGCCUGCAAUAUGUGAAUAAUGCCAAGGAGUUAUGGGCAGAGUUAGAGGAAAGAUACGAUCAAACCAAUGGGUGUAAAUUGUAUCAAUUACAGAAGGAGAUUAAUGAACUUGUUCAAGGCACUUUAGACAUCGCUAAGUAUUACACAACAAUGAAAAAGUUGGGGGAGGAUAUGAGUACAGUUGAUGUCAAUUCUCAGUGCACAUGUGUGUGCUCUUGUGGGGGUAAAACAAAGUUACAGAAAGCUGAACAAGAUAGAAGAUUGAUACAUUUUUUAAUGGGGUUAAAUGAAAUGUAUACGACUGUUAGAGGUAGCAUUCUUAUGAUGAGCACUCUUCCUAGCAUGGUUCAAGCUUUUGUCAUUCUAUGCCAAGAAGAAAAACAGAGAGAAGUGAAGCCUCAUAAUCAUACAACCUUAGAUUCUACUUCUCUCAAUGCUUAUGGACAAUACAAAAAUAACGCAGGUUACAAGGGAUUCAGAACAAAUUAUAGUUCAUCUAAAGGAGCUGGAACUAGUUCUGGUAAUACAAGCAAUAAAAAUGUGUCUAGAGGAAAUUCAAGUACCAACAGGUGUUUUUUAGUCUGCGACUAUUGCAAGAAAUCAGGACACACGAGAGAUAGAUGUUAUAAACUUCAUGGAUAUCCAUCCAAUGCAAAGUUUCAAAAGGGAAAAGGAACAAGUUCUGCAGCAAAUAUGUGUGCUUCUGAUACGAAUACACAACAAUAUGAGGAAGAGUCUGAAAUGGGAAAGUAG